CGCAAUUUGUCGACUCAUUUUAUUAGAUUUUUUUUUUUUGGUUACAUUUGUUUUACCAUGUUAAUGUCAAUUAUUAUAUCUAUAUUGCUAAACUGUCUGUGCCGCAGUCAAAGUGCCACGAUAAACGUCGACUGUCCGACGCUCGACAAUGGUGACAGUCUCUCGCAGACGCAGCUGCUGGAUCGUUUAACCCACGGCUGCCGCUACGAUCGCCUGGAGCGUCCGCUUACCUACACCGAGGUCGGUGCACGUCUUCCCGUGGAUGUAUACAUGCGGGCGUACAUAUACUUCAUGCAAAAUCUAGAGGCGCACGAUCUACAGUUCAAAAUAUACGCCCUACUCCAGAUGCGCUAUCUGGAUCCCCGCCUUAAUUUUCGAAAUGUAUCGCCAAAGCGGCUGCAACCAAUUUUGGGUGAGCAACAGCUGCGUGAUUCCCUCUGGAUGCCACAUAUAUUUCUCGCCAAUGAGCGUGACUCGAGCAUCCUAGGCACCUCAGAGAAAGAUAUACUAACGUCCAUAUCGCCGGAUGGCACUGUCAUUGUGGCAACUCGUAUUAAGGCCACGCUCUACUGCUGGCUAAAUUUGAAGAAAUUUCCAUUUGAUGAACAGCACUGCUCCACGGUAUUGGAGAGCUGGAUGUACAACACAUCGGAGCUGGUGCUGCAUUGGGAACAAAAGCGUCCCAUUACAUACGAUCCGGGUUUACACCUAACUGAGUUCCUGCUGAAGCAAUCUUGGUCCAACGAGACUGUGAUCAAUGCCGAUCUCAGCGAUUUGCGGCAUGGAGCCUUCGCUGGCAAUUACAGCUCAUUGAGCUUUACGGUUCAUCUGACGCGUGUGGUGGGCUUCUAUCUAAUGGACUACUUUCUGCCAUCCAUGCUGAUUGUGGCCAUUUCAUGGGUGUCUUUCUGGUUGCAAGCUGAUCAGGCGCCUCCUCGCAUUACUCUUGGCACCAGCACCAUGUUAACAUUUAUCACACUGGCCUCUGCACAGGGAAAGACUUUGCCCAAGGUUAGCUAUAUUAAGGUGUCGGAGGUUUGGUUUCUUGGCUGCACCAUUUUUAUAUUUGGCAGCAUGGUUGAGUUUGCAUUUGUGAACAGCAUUUGGCGCCGUAAACAUAACGUGCCCGUUAAAAAGCUAAACAGCAAGCACAUCCUCAAGUCAACACUGUCACCGCAUUUGUUGCGUCGUCGCAGUCACACUCGUUCCCGAUCAUUUUCAGGCAGUGGACGCCAGGCGGAUAACACUUCCCUCGGGGGCAGUCUGCCGUUCAACAAUUAUAUGACGGUUAAUUUGCCCAUUCACACUAUUCCGGAAGGUCGAGUGUUGGCCCCAACAACAGUCCCCAGUCGGAGGCCAAGUCUUCACAUGUUGAGCAGCACCAAUCGUAAACUUGAUGUCACUUUUGUGGAAAGUGCCUUGGGCGCUUCAAAUAAUCCCACUCCCGCUCCUGCUCCCGCUGCUUCAUCCGCUGUGCCCAACAAUGUUCCCAACAACGUAGAACCGUCUGAUUUUAAUGUCAACAUUAAUAACAACAUCGGAGAGGAGUUCAGUCACGAAGAAGAAAUAGCUAAUACUGGCUGGACAACACUUACACCACAGGAGAUUGCCAUUUGGAUUGAUAGACGAGCGCGUUUUAUAUUCCCAAUAUCAUUUUUGGUCUUCAAUGUGUUUUUUUGGACAUUUGUCUAUUUUAUUUAAGUCGCAAUUUUGUUUUUCACAGUCGUUUUAACGUUUUAAAUACUUGUUAGUUAUUGUUAGGUAAAUUAUGUAUGUAUGUAUUUCUAUGUAUAAUUAAAUGUGUUUAACGAUG